CCUCACUACAGAGAAAUUGAUUAAACAAACAAACAAACAACCCUAAAAUUCAUCAUCAAAAUCAUCUCUUUUUUUCUUCUUGAGAUAUUCUUCUUUUCAUCUGUAAAAACCAAAAAACCAACCCUAAUUAAAUUACACCUUGAAGAAGAAGAAAGAAAGAUCGAUCCUAAUUAUUACUUUCAUGGCGGAUCUGACUUGUACGACACCGUUUUUGCUCUAUCCAUCACUCGUUAUCAUUCUCUUCUUCUACUCCAUUAACCACCAUAACCAAAUAUUCUCAUCCGUCGUUGAUGAUGAUCCUUCUUGUCGUCUCUCGUCUUCUCCACAAGCUGUUUUCUCUUCCUUCAGAAUCUUCCCUUUUCGUUCUUCAUCGUCUUGUCUCAAUAUCACUUCCAACAACAAUUCGACGUCAGAAGUUGUGGUGGUAGAAGAAGUUGAUGAAGCGGUGGAGAGGAUUGAAGAAGGUUUGGCGAUGGCUAGAGCCGCCAUAAGGAAGGCCGGAGAAAAGAAUCUCCGUCGUGAUCGUGAUCGGACGAAUAAUUCGGAUGUGGGAGUCGUAUCUAAUGGAUCUGUCUAUCUCAAUGCUUUUACUUUUCAUCAGAGUCACAAAGAGAUGGAGAAGAGAUUCAAGAUAUGGACAUAUAGAGAAGGAGAAGCUCCUCUGUUUCACAAGGGUCCACUCAACAACAUUUACGCCAUUGAAGGCCAAUUCAUGGACGAGAUCGAGAACGGAAACAGCCGUUUUAAGGCGGCUUCACCGGAGGAAGCCACUGUGUUCUACAUCCCCGUAGGGAUUGUCAAUAUCAUACGCUUUGUCUAUAGACCUUACACUAGCUAUGCACGUGACCGUCUCCAAAACAUUGUUAAAGACUACAUCUCUCUCAUCUCUAACCGUUACCCUUACUGGAAUCGCAGUCGCGGUGCUGAUCACUUCUUCCUCUCCUGUCACGAUUGGGCACCUGAUGUCUCAGCUGUGGAUCCAGAAUUAUACAAGCAUUUUAUAAGAGCUCUCUGCAAUGCCAAUUCCUCCGAAGGAUUCACCCCAAUGAGAGACGUUUCAUUACCGGAAAUCAACAUUCCACACAGCCAAUUAGGGUUUGUACACACCGGAGAACCGCCUCAAAACCGCAAACUCUUAGCAUUCUUCGCGGGCGGUUCUCACGGAGAUGUCCGAAAAAUACUUUUCCAACACUGGAAAGAAAAAGACAAAGACGUCCUUGUCUACGAGAAUCUCCCCAAAACCAUGAACUACACGAAAAUGAUGGACAAGGCAAAGUUUUGUUUAUGUCCUAGCGGUUGGGAAGUGGCGAGUCCGAGAAUUGUCGAGUCACUUUACUCCGGCUGUGUUCCGGUCAUCAUAGCUGAUUAUUACGUCCUCCCGUUCAGCGACGUGUUGAAUUGGAAGACAUUCUCGGUUCAUAUUCCAAUAUCAAAGAUGCCUGACAUAAAGAAGAUUCUAGAAGCAAUAACAGAAGAAGAGUACUUGAAUAUGCAAAGAAGAGUGCUUGAGGUUCGGAAACACUUUGUCAUAAACAGACCAUCAAAGCCAUAUGAUAUGUUGCAUAUGAUCAUGCAUUCUAUUUGGUUACGGAGGCUUAAUGUUCGAAUCCCUCUUUCACAGUGA